AUGGAGCGGCCGAAGCGCCCCGAAAUAUACGAUCACCCCAAGACCGGCAAAGCCGAAGUGCUAAACGAAGACGCCGACUACGAAACGCGCGCACAAGCGCUGGAGGAGCUCUCGGCAGCCAAUCUCGCCCUGUAUAAGGAACGUCGGUCUGAAUAUAUGGAGCGCUCCAAGACCCAUGAAGCGUUCCUGAAAGGGAUUCGCGUGCUCGAAGACUGGGUCCGAGAUACAGUCAGCACCUCUCUCCUCAAGAGCUGCUGUACCGCGGACCGCGCACUGGACCGCUGGGUCUACGCGUUGAAGGAACGCGUAGGGAUAACCACUCAAUCAAUCCACGAAGCAGCAGCGGCGGGCGUCCCGGGUACCGAGCUCCCCAGUAUAUGGUUCCCGGAAUUCACCUACGCCGUGAGCCAUAGCUACGCCGAUACAUGGAUCUUCUCAUACCAGACCGUCAAGGACGAACGCGUCGAAAGCGAGAAACUGAGCGUUGGAGAAGUCCUGUCAGACGCGCGGCGGUUCCUACAAACAACCUCUCAACACAACCCGAAGAAGCAGGCCGGACGCGGAGCGUUUGGUCCUACCACAGAAGCCACUUCAAGAAACGAAGAGGAAGGGGAACGAACUUCCCCCGCGCGCCUAACGGUACUAAUGAGAAGCAGCCGGGGAUCUCGAGGAAACACGCGCUCCAGAGGAGGAGCUCGCAGAGACCGGUUGCGGAAGAGAAGCGAUGGGGAGAGCGAGGGCAACCGGCUGUGCCCUGCGUGCCUGAAACCUCACCCGCUCUCGAAGUGCUGGCUCGUCAACGAACGGGAGCGCCCUGAGUGGUACGAGCCGAGUAGAGAGCUUCUCGCGAACCUCGACGAGCGGAUGAGAAAAGACGAAACGCUCGCAAACCGUGUCAGGAAGCACGCCGAUCCCGGUGAGCCUGCCCUGGAAGCAGCAGAAGCGCUCGGGCACCAUAACGCUGAAGCGGACGCGCCUAAGCAAGUGGAAGGGCAAUACACGGGAGCGCGGUUUGAGCCCUUUCCGACGCCGGAGGCGUCGCCUCCCACAUCCUUUCUCGCGGUGCUCACCGAGCUCGACGUGAGGGGGUGGGGAGAAGAGCAUACGCGGGAUAUCCCCGCUACGAAGCCCAUCUAUAAGAAGGUCACACCACGGACGUCGUACAAAGCCGCUUUUCUAGCUGGAACGACGCUUCACAAACAAAACCCUAGACGUCAAGACGGCCCACGAAGGGAUCGCGUUGUGCCUGGCCAGCCGCGCGCCCCUGAGAGGGUUUCCGAGGCAACCUUCACCGUGAAAUCCGGGAAUGACGGCGCGGAUGAAGGCCCUUUGGAAGACCAAGUUACAGGUCAGCAAGAGGCAAGUGAAUCCCAGGAAGGUUGCUCCGUGGUAGAAGCGUUUGAGACAAGUGAGCCCAGCUCCCACAGAGACCGGAGCCAGACGCUCGCAGAAGAGACGAAGGAUCUCAGAGCGCGCGGUAACCGGGAUAUGGUGACUGCGUUGGCGCCGACCAAGCUCCGCUCCCGCGUGGAAGCGCAAGGCCGAAAGAAAGGCGCCUACUGGAGGGAUCUGGCCCCUUUGCCAACGUCUCACGAUCAGUUGCAACAGCUCCUGAAGCGGAAUCGGAGACGCGAAUUAGAAGAAGACGAAGAAGCGUGGGCCAAGAGAGCCGCGCAGGAAGACGUCUGGGCGGUCGAAGACCACGAGAAGCGCGCUCCGAGUGCCACGGGAAGCUCGUGA